AUGGCCGCCGGCAAAACUUCCCAUCGACGGCUCAAAAUAUGCUGCGCUGUAACGGUAGUUUUGUUAGUUAUCAUUACAGUUGUUGCCAUAGCCUUGGCCUUCACCAUCUUCAAGCCUAAAGACCCCAUAAUCACCCUCCACCCAGAAGGCCUCCAAAACUUUACUUCUGGGUUUUCAAUGUUUAUGAAUUUAACAGCGAAUUUCACAUUCACCACCGUCAUCUCAAUUGAGAAUCAAAACUAUGGCAGCUUCUUGUUCAAAAAUACUACUGCUUAUGUCAAUUAUCGUGGGGAUUUGGUCGGGGAAGCUCCGAUCGCGGGACGACACGUGCCAGCCCGAGACAAGCUUAACUUGACAACCUCUGUGAGUCUUGUGCCCCGUAGGCUGCUGGAUAAUUCUCAGUUUCUUGGUGAUCUUGCAGCUGAGCGCUUCAAUUUGACUUCAACAGCAACUUUGCCUGGGAAAGUGAGUUUGCUUAAGAUCUUCAAGCUGCAUGGCACGGUCAAUAAUAGGUGUAACAUCUCUAUUUUCGUUCAUUCUCGGAGUGCUGAAUCCAUAUGCCAGACCAAACUCAAGUUAUAA